CGCCGUCCAGUCGCGGACAAUCCUCCCUCAGCCCGUUACUCGCUUACUCCAUUACUCCUCGGUGUUAUUCCUGCCAACGCGCUCAUUCAUUUGUUUGCUGGAUUCGCUCUCUUUUUGCUUUUCGCUUUAUCGAAGGGGUUGAAAUGUUCCACUUCCGGCCAACGGCAGUGCUUAAGGAGAUCAUUCAGAGGCAUCUGAAGCGACAUUUGGCAGGCGGAGUCCACGCUCUACCUGCGGCCGGCUACCGGAGCCGCUCGCCGGUCACGGCCGCGGCGACGCACCAGCAUGCCGCCAGAAGGUUUUGUUCCAAAGCAGAUGGACACAAUGAGGGAAACAAAGAUUCUGCUACAGAACAGAGAAGGAAGGCAGGUAUUCUACCCAGCCUAGAGGACUUGCUCUUCUACACCAUAGCUGAAGGCCAAGAGAAGAUUCCAGCACACAAAUUUACCACAGCUCUCAAAGCCACGGGGCUUCGCACAGGAGACCCCCGGCUGAAAGAAUGUAUGGAGAUGCUGAAGGUAACCAUGAAAACAACCUCAGAUGGAGCCCUGGAUAAACACCUCUUCAAGAAAUGUGUGCAGAGCAACAUUGUGCUGCUCACUCAAGCCUUUCGGAAGAAAUUCGUCAUUCCCGACUUCCAACCGUUUUGCCGCCACAUGAACGAACUGUACGACAAAGCAAAGAACAUGUCAGGAGGGCAGGUGGCCGACUACAUUCCCCAGCUUGCGCGCUUCAGCCCGGACUUGUGGGCCGUCUCCUUGUGCACCGUCGACGGUCAAAGGCACACGGUGGGAGACACCAAGGUGCCCUUUUGCCUGCAGUCUUGCGUCAAGCCGCUGAAAUACGCCAUCGCCGUCCACGACCACGGCACCGACUACGUGCACCGCUUCAUCGGCAAAGAGCCCAGCGGCCUGCGUUUCAACAAGCUCUUCUUGAACGAGGACGACAAACCUCACAACCCCAUGGUGAACGCCGGCGCCAUCGUCUGUACUUCUCUCAUCAAGCAAGGAGCCAGCAAUGCUGAGAAGUUUGACUACGUCAUGAACUUCAUGAACAAACUGGCAGGAAACGAGUAUGUCGGUUUCAGCAACGCCACGUUCCAGUCUGAGCGGGAGUCCGGAGACAGGAACUUUGCUAUCGGCUACUAUCUAAAGGAAAAGAAGUGUUUUCCCGAAGGAACGGACAUGACAUCCAUCUUGGACUUCUACUUCCAGUUGUGCUCCAUUGAGGUGACCUGUGAGAGUGCCAGCGUAAUGGCGGCAACCCUGGCCAACGGCGGCUUCUGUCCCAUCACAGGAGAGCGCGUGCUGAGCCCCGAGGCCGUGCGCGACACCCUCAGCCUGAUGCACUCGUGUGGGAUGUACGAUUUCUCCGGACAGUUUGCUUUCCACGUGGGCCUCCCGGCGAAAUCGGGCGUGGCCGGCGGUAUCCUACUUGUGGUUCCAAACGUCAUGGGCGUCAUGUGCUGGUCUCCGCCUCUCGACAAGCUCGGCAACAGUGUCCGAGGCAUUCAGUUCUGCACGGACCUGGUUUCUCUCUGCAACUUUCACAACUAUGAUAAUCUGAGACACUUUGCAAAGAAACUGGAUCCUCGCAGGGAGGGAGGCGAUCAGAGGGUGAAGUCUGUGAUCAAUCUGUUGUUUGCUGCCUAUACCGGAGACGUGUCUGCCCUGAGGAGGUUCGCCUUGUCGUCCAUGGACAUGGAGCAGAGGGACUACGACUCCAGGACGGCUCUGCACGUGGCUGCGGCCGAAGGCCACGGCGAGGUGGUUCGCUUUUUGCUCGAGGCUUGCAAGGUCAACCCGGUCCCCAAAGACAGGUGGGGCAAUACGCCGAUGGACGAGGCGGUUCACUUCGGCCACCAUGAUGUGGUCACCAUCCUGCGUGAUUAUCACAAUCAAUACAGUCCUCCGGAGAGCCCAGCGACAACGGAGAAGGCAGAGAAGAACCUCGAUAGCUUGCUGUGAACCCUCUAGAGGGCGCAUCACCGCUCCGAAGUGGCUUGCACAUAAUACGGUGAUAAAAACUAUAAAUUUACAGUAUAUUAAAUUUGUGAUUACAGCAAACCUAAGCAGAAGCUCUUGAUCAUGUUGUUGUUAGCUGGUGUUGUUGUACUUUCACUUCAGUGUAUCUUGGAGUCGUUUUAGGUGGAAGUGCUACUGUAAUAUUCCACCAGAUUUACUUUUGUAGUCUCCUGCAGGAUGUUACCAGCCGCAAACUGAAUGCUGGCUUCAUUUAGUGGCAGCUGGUAUGCUAUUUUGUUUUCGACAGUUGGUGUAGACAAAACCUCUGCAUUUUCAACAUCGUCAUAUGGUGGAAUGUAUCGUCUCCUGACACACAGUGUGUGUGUAUGUGUGUGCGUGUUGGUAUUUAUAUUUAUUUGCGUGUGUUUAAAAUUGACCAAUUACGGCUCACCAUGUAGCACCAUGGUAGAUUAAGCCUUGACCAAGAUAUCAUUCCCAAAUAUUAGGAGUGUAAAAUGUAGUUGCCGUUUACAACCUCCAAAAUAUGUUUUCUUGGUAUAAAGAUGUCAACAUUGAGCCAAAGUUCAGGAAUUUGUUGGGACAGUUUAACUAAUCCAAAGUGGAGCUUUUGACCCAUUCGCUUGAAAUGAAGUUUUAUGUUGGCGCUGUUGGAUGUUUUUGUUUUGUUUGAUGCUGCACAAAGCGCUAGUAAGUAUCACAUUUGUCCGUCUGAAGGAAUGCCCACUAGUUUAUCUUGAAGAAAUUACAGACCGACAAUGAUGGCCGGCUGCCCAGGCCGCUAACAAUGGACGGACCAGCAAGCUUUUGUUAAUUGCUCACCUAAAUUUGCUAAUGCCCAUGACUCAGGAAGGUGUUGGCCAUAUUUGAGGAGCUUAAUUAAAAAAAAAAGACACGUCUGUGUUUUGGAUGUUUCUAAACAAUGCUGCAAACAAUGUAGAAGCACAAUAAAAUUUAGCAGACAAGAAAGUUAAACUGAUUUUCACAGUUGUUUGUCGUUGCUGCUGUGACUGAAUGUUUUGGUUUCCGAAAACAAUCCAACAGAUUAAAUAUAUACACUUUGA